AUGGCAUGGCAUGGAUUCGACCUAACCGCAACAUGGCGAGGGGUGUUGGAGGGGUAUUCGUUAGUGCUUCUUGUAGACUUGGGGUGGCCGGCGCAGGCUUCGGGUGAAAUGAUUGACUGCAUCAGCCUACAGCUACAGAUGAGCGCAGAGCAUGGUUGGACUGGCCCGGCCUGUCUGGCCUUGGAGACUUGCGGCUACAUUCAAGCAUUUACUGGGUUUAUGGGCUCUCUUGUCUCCAUCCUCUUCUGUCAUGUUCCCUUUGUGGCCUUGAUGCUGAGGGUGUCUGCUUGCAUGUCGCCGUCUCAGCUGACCAAAGCCGGACUGACAGCUACCGAGCCAGCCUGGGAGAAAGAAAUACCGGCCCAGUGCAGAAGCAAGAGAGAAUGA